AUUCAAAUUCCCAAAUGAACAUGCUGAUCAUGAACAAGGAAAUCCUGCUCGAGUUAGCUUUGGCUUAUGGCAACUAUUUUAAGGCGGUCCUCACCUUUCCAAAGAUAUCAAGCCAAUUCAGAGAUACAUGGAAAGCUAAUGAUCAAUAUUUGCAAAAUAGAUUUUGAAUCUUCUCCAAGAGAAAGAAACUAUAUAUCAAAGAAGCUACAGAAGAAACAGUAAGAUACCUCCUGAAGCACACAAGAUACAAACAUCUAGAUGUACAAAUUGAAACUAGGCCCCAAACCUUAGAGAGAUUUUACAUAAUUCUGAGCCUAUUCUGAGCAAAACAGGGCUUUAGAGUCACCAAGAUAAGCUGAAACUUCUUGUUUGAGUUUGAGGAUGUGCAAGUAUACAAUAAGAUAUGAGACGUUCUAAAAUUUCACCAUUAUCCAAUGAGUUGCCUCAAAUUAUAUAUCCCUAAACCUGAUCAUGAAGAGAAGUUUGAGUAUAUUGACAGCUACAAAAUGCAAGUAGGUGACUCUCUUCCCUUUGCCAAGAUCGUAGGCACUCUCAGAGUCAUAGUAACCCACUGCAUAAACACAGACCUUCGAUACCUUAAGGAUCUUAAGGUUGAGAAUCUUGAGAUUAUUUUCCUUAAAGAGAACUGAGUUGCGGGAAUUGAAUAUCCGGAUCGCUCAACUGAUUUUGCUUUCAAUAUCAAACAUAUUAUGUACAAUUACCCAUCGUUGAUAUAUGGAAAAAUCCACAGCCGGAAGAGCCAAAAGGAAAAGUUAUUAAAAUACUUUAUCGGACUGAAAAGUUUUUCAACUAGCUACAGGAAAAUUUCCAAAAUAUCUCCUCAAGCAUUGCACCAGAUUCAUGGAUUAAAUAUCUGGGAUGAUAUAAAAUAUGACAAGAGAGCCUAUACCACGUUUAAGAAUGCAGAAAUAUUCUAUUUCCUGUUCGGUGAGUGCAUCAAAAUUCAAGCAGAGGUCCUAAAGUUCUAUGAAGAUUAUCAAUAUCCCUCAGUUAAAGUCUCAGAGAAUUUUCUUAGGGUUUCCUUUCUUGAUAUUUCACACAAAGAUAGCCUGAGGAUCAAAAAUUGCAGGAGGGCUAACCUUACGCCUCAUGAACUGAAACAGCUAGAUGAAAUUGCUCCAAAGAAGACCACAAGAAGGUCUCAGUUUUUGUACAUAAGGAUUAGAGGAAUUCAAUCAAUCACUUUUUGUAAUAAAAAUCCAAAAAUGUUCCGAUGUUUGGGUUUAAUAAGGCUCAACGAAAAUACUAAUCUCAGAUACAAAUUCACAGAAGCAGAUCCUUUCAGGCUAAGACUGGCGUUCAGAAGAUUAGACCGUAGCAAUGAGUACAACAGUAAGGAGCAAUUCAUCUUCCAGCUUCAGACCUUGAUGGAGGCAAAACCCAGAAGGUUCUUUAUUCACAUUGACAAAAGCCCUGAGCUCAUUAUUGCUAUCAAGACUGAACCGGAAUUCCUCAAUGAUAUUGUCGGAAUCCUUACCAGAAACUUAUCUUUAGAGGUCUUGAGAGUUCAUUAUACAUAUAAUCUCAAGAUGAAACCAAUCCUGGUAGCCAGGAAAUCAAAUUUACCAACUUUUAUAGAGAGGAUCAAGGAAGCUCUCUCUACAGCUCAGUUUCCUGAAGAGCUCUACACGGAGCUCAAAGAUUCCAGGGACUACCAGUGGGAUGACAACAUAAAGGAUUAUGUCCCAAUGAACUACACAAGAGAAAUAAUCCUUCUUGAAGCCCAGAUCUUCCAAAACAAUAAGAUCAGCGAUUUUGUUCACCCAAAACUCCCAGAAAUUGAAGACGAAAAGGCAGAUUACAUUGGAACUAGCGGAGAAAAGACAGAGGCACCCUCCUCUUCAGGUAGUGAGGAGGAGAACAUCUACAUCACAAGAGAUUCUCAUUGCAGAAGAAUCGGAAUCAUAGAUAGAGACGAUAGCUCUCUUGGAGAAGAGGGGACUGAAAACUCCCCAAAAGAAUUCUUCCUUCAAUUUAACGACUAAUUCAAUGUAAUUUCUGAAGAUUGGGG